GUCAACGGAGCGACACGUGGUUUGUGGUCCCGCGGGGUAAAAAAAACGCGGAGGAGAGAGCUCCGCACAGCGAGAGGCUUCCAGAGCAAACGCACCAUGUCUCUGUACCGCAACUGCGCCUGGUUCCUGAAGGGAAUGACCGAGUUCACCAGGAGUGCCUUCCAGACGGCUUCCAAGAGGUUCGUGGAGAAGGACCUGGAGGUGUCGGUGGCGGGGCGAGCCUUCAUGAUAACGGGGGCCAACAGCGGCAUCGGGAAAGCGGCGGCCAUGGCCAUCGCCAAGAAAGGCGGAACGAUCCACAUGGUGUGCAGGAACAAGGACAAGGCCGAGGAGGCGCGGGCCGAUAUCGUCAAGGAGACCGGAAAUAAAGAGGUGUACGUCCACAUCCUGGACCUGACGGAGACCAGGAAGGUCGGGGAGUUCGCUGAGGCCUUCAAGAGGAAGUACAAGGCCCUCAACGUGCUGAUCAACAACGCCGGCGCCAUCAUGAGUGAGAGGGACGUGAACGCCGAGGGGCUCGAGAAGAGUUUCGCCUCCAACGUCCUCGGGGUUUACAUUCUCACCAAGAGUCUCAUCCCCUUGAUGGAGAAAAGUGCUGAUCCCCGAGUGAUCACGGUAUCUUCGGGAGGGAUGCUGGUGCAGAAGCUCAGGACGGGAAACCUGCAGUCAGAGCGGGGGCACUACGACGGCACCAUGGUCUACGCCCAACACAAAAGGCAGCAGGUGGUGAUGACGGAGCAGCUGGCAAAGACUCACACGAACAUCCACUUCUCCGUCAUGCAUCCCGGCUGGGUCGACACUCCAGCGGUGGCCAACGCCAUGCCGGACUUCCACCGCUCCAUGAAGGACAGCCUGCGGGCCCCCGAGCAGGGGGCCGACACCGCCGUUUGGCUGUCUGUCGCCGAGGCCCCGCCCACAAACCCAAGCGGCCUCUUCUACCAAGACCGGAAGGUGGUGUCCCCCCACCUGCCACUGGCUUGGACCCACAGCUCCCCCCUGGAGGAGCAGAAGUUCAUGUCCCUGCUGGAGGACCUGGCCAAGACCUUCCAGGCGAACUGAGCGCCUCUGGUCCAACGCCGACUCCAGGCCGGGCUCGGCACCCUCCGAGGAUCUAACACGCCGCCAGAGUCAUACCCCGUCCGCGUGACACGUAUCGGAGGACGGGGUCAACGGCCUAAAUGCUUUAUAACUAUUUUUAUAACACGUUUUCUGAGGAUUUAAGAGUGAUUUUAUUCCCCUGAAAUGAGCUUUCAAAUGCACCUUCAUCUAAAAUACACUGUGACUUUAAGAGAGCUGUCAAUCAGAUGGGAAUCUGAUGAGACCAAAGUCACCCCCCCACACUGCAUCGUUGAUAAUUCAAUUUAAUAUCCAUAACACUUGUGUGUGGUUCUCAUGUUGUUGUGCAGCAGUGCUCUCUCUAUAAGAGAUAAAACUUAAAGUAACAACUGCAGCGACUUUGAAAAACUGUCUGAGCUGAUCUUGUAAAUGUCUCCUUGAAUAAAGAAACUUACAAAUAUUG